AAAAUGUCUGGUCGUGGAAAAGGUGGCAAAGUGAAGGGAAAGGCAAAGUCCCGCUCUAACCGUGCCGGUCUUCAGUUCCCAGUGGGCCGUAUUCACCGUUUGCUCCGCAAGGGCAACUAUGCCGAGCGAGUUGGGGCCGGCGCUCCAGUUUACCUGGCUGCUGUGAUGGAAUAUCUGGCCGCUGAGGUUCUCGAAUUGGCUGGCAAUGCUGCUCGUGACAACAAGAAGACUAGGAUUAUUCCUCGUCAUCUGCAGCUGGCCAUCCGCAACGACGAGGAGUUGAACAAACUACUCUCCGGCGUCACCAUUGCCCAGGGUGGAGUGUUGCCCAACAUCCAGGCUGUUCUGUUGCCCAAGAAGACCGAGAAGAAGGCUUAA